AUAGAGGGUAUAAAGAGCAGCAGACGCUCCAGUCCAGCUUCAGACCUGCUUUACCUGCGCUACAUCACAACAACAACUGCUCAAUACUACUGCAAUGCUGUCCCGGACAGUGUUUGUUCCCUUGAUCUUGGCAUUUGUGGGUGUCUCCAUCUCAGCUCCAGUUCACAAUAACAAUGGAACUGAUAAUGACGAAUCGGCUGCAGACCUGCUACACAUCUUCACUGUUCAGAUUCAUGCAGAUUUUGUAACUCCAGUGCCUGUAAAUGGAGACUCAGGAACUACAGACGGAAAAGAUUCAGCAGAGAAACAUGACGCUCCCAGUGACUCGACUGACACCACUGAGAAACCAGGAACAACAGAUGGAAAAGACUCAGCAGAGCAACAUGACGUAACUACAGAUGGAACAGAUUCAGCAGAGAAACAUGGAGUAACUACAGACGGAACAGAUUCAGCAGAGAAACACGGAGAGACUGAUGGGGCUCCUGACAAACCAGACACACACAACGGAACAGAUACUGACACAGACAAAGAGACAGACGCGUCGCAUCACAAAACUGGAGAUUCAGAUGAGAAGACAGACAAACCAUCAGCCGAGGAACACACAGAUGGCAAUCAUGCUGAAAAAGAUUCAAAGGAUUCAAAGGAAUCACCAGAUGGAGACUCGGCUAGUGCGGAAAAGACUGAUUCUGAUCAUUCCCCUGAUGAGGAUGCAAACAAAUCCUCCAAAGAAGCGGAUAAAGACGAUUCAUCUGACAAGGACUCUUCUCACACAGAUGAGGGGCACGACUCUGAUGCCUCCGACAAAGAUGAAAAGAGCGGCGAGAAAGACUCCAGUAAAGACUCGGAAGACAAGAGUCAAGAAAAGUCCGACAAAAGUGACGACGGCAGUAACUCAGACGCUGACGAGCUGAAAGAAUCCGACGAAUCCAAAGACCACGAUUCAGACUCGAAAGACUCCGACAGCGCAGAGGAGGAGAAAGAUGACCAUAAAGACCAGGAAUCUGCGGAUUCCUCGGAUUCAGCAGACUCUAAAGACAGCAACGAGGAUGAAGACAAAGAGCACAGCGAGCAGAAAGACUCUGAAGAGCACAAACACAAAGAAAAGCACACCAAAAAGGAGGAAGAGCAUAAAGACAGCGAUGAGGGAAAAGAUGACGAGGACAAAUCCAAAUCAGACGAACACGACAAAGAUGAUUCCGAAUCCAAAGAAGCUAGCAAGUCUGAUGAGAGUGAACAGGAGGAAAAGAAAGACGACAAAUCUGAUUCUGACAACUCAAGUCGGGAUUCACAUUCAGACUCUGACUCUGAUUCUGACUCAGAUUCACACUCUGAUUCUGACUCUGACUCUGACUCAGAUUCACACUCUGAUUCACACUCUGAUUCUGACUCUGACUCUGACUCAGAUUCGGAUUCGAACUCAGAUUCCGAUUCAGAUUCCGAUUCCGAUUCAGACUCGGACAGCAGAGACAAAGAGGAGAAGAAAGAUAAGAGCAGCUCAGAGUCCAGAGAUGAAGAUAGUUCUGACAGUGACAGCAAGAGCGACUCGGAGAGUUCAGAAACUGCAGAAGAAGACACUAAUGACGACAAGGACUCCAGUGUGGAAAAGGAGAAAAAAGAUUCGUCUGACAGUGCAUCGGUAGAGGCAAAUGACUCUGACGAUGAGCAUGACAAUGACUCUAAGGAUGCUACAACAUCAAGUGAGGACCACACUGCUGAAAAGACUGAUGAAGACAGCCAUGAUGUUUCAGACGAUGAUGAUGACAUUGAUGCCCAUGAUGACGAAACUGGGGAUGAGCAUGGCACAGAUGAGGCUUCUAAACCCCACCAUGAACCAGAUCAUCAUGAUGACACAACACAUGGAUCAGAUGAUGGCAGCAAAACUCCUAUGCCGAUUUCCUAGCGACCAGGACUCUGCAAAAACACUGUAACAGAUUUUCCUGAAGAGACUUUAAAAAGAAGAAUCAACUGAGACAGUCAAGAUAACCAGAGUUUCACGUCCCAUUAAAACACAUUGACACAUCUUUCUCUCUCUCUUUUUCUCUCUCAUAUGGUGAAGGUUCCUUUUUCGACGGCUCUGGGAUGCAGAUUAAAUUAUUCGGCUGUUUGCUGUACAAUUCAGUCUUCUUUUUUUAACUUUGUCCUAAUUCUAGAACUUUUGUAUCAUUUGAUAUAUUAAUUUUACCCAUAUUAGAUGCAAAUGCAUGAUGAUCUGGAAAUUUGAAAGCGGUUUUUGUCUGUGUGUGUGUGUCGGGUCCUAAUAUAUUUCAUUUGGAGUGAUGUAUUAAACCUAGAGAGCAUAGAACUAACUGAAGGCAUUUGGGGAAAGAAUAAAAGAUUCAGGUGAGCAUUUCUGAUCCAUCAAAUAUGUUAUGGUGGUUUGUCCACUUGGUGUCUUCGUCUUUUGACAUUGCAGAUAAUUAAAUGAAAACCUUCCCGCUUUCCACUCUCAGAUACAAACACCAGCCUGAAAAGUCACAGAAUGAGAUCUUUGAAUCACCCAAAACAUGAUUUAAGGCUGUAUACAGCGUAAAAAAUAUCUGCUAAUAGAGAGUUUUUGUAUUUUGUGAUUUACAGGUGUUUAUUUAUGAUUAUGAAUUGUAUUAUGGGACGUUGAUUUCUGCUUUGACUUUUGAUUAUGACUGUCUGCAGUUUAACAAAGUGACUUUUAUUGACAUUUUAGUAGUCUGAAACUAUGUAUUGUAAAAGAAAUUAUUUAUAUAGGAAUAAGCAUUUAAAAUAAAAGAAAAUGUACUAGCAGUUAAUACCAGGUUUUUAUAAUGUAAUUUACAACACCAAUACAGACAAUAUAAUACUUAAACUAUUAAAAAUGUCAAUAAAAGUCACUUUUAAAACUUUUCAACAUCAAAAUUUGUUGGAGGAAAUAUCAAAGUCUCAUAACGCAAUUCCAAAGCAUCAAUAAAUAAAAUAAAUGAAUAAAUAAAACAUGGAUCACAAAAUACAGACAACUGUUAAAUUACGGAUAUAUCUACAGUGCAUUUUCUUAUAGAAUCUCUGAUGUCUUUUUCUAUGUGGAGGAAUACUAAUAAACUAGAAAUGUAAGAGCACAGAUUGUUCUGAAAACUGUUUAAAAAAAAUAUUUUGUAUAGAUUUAAAGUCAAUUUAAUAUGUACACAGGGAGCAAAUCUAAUAAAGACUGGGUUGUCAGAAAA